AUGUCGACCGCCUCGCCCAAUCCGCCCGCCGACAUCGACCUUGACGCGCUUAUCCAGAGCCUGCCGGCGUGCAAGCGCUGUCGCGAUUGCCGCCGCGGCUGCGACACGCUGCUCCCCAAGUGCAGGCAAUGCACCAAGGCCGGCGUCGAGUGCAUGUUCUACGACCACGGCCGCAAUGAGUUUCUUCCUCGAAGUUACAUCGCGGAGCUAGUCGAUCACGUGCGCAGAAUCUCUGCGCGCAACAACCCCUCGCCCGCCGAUUCGGGCGGGACGCCCCAGGAGUCGAACGCCGCCGCGACUAUCAAGACGGAAUCCGUCAUCUCCGAUGUCCAGCAUCACUAUGAGCACCACUUCGCGUAUGCAGGCGACAGCUACCGCUACCUAGGCGCCGAGUCUUGCCUAGUCAAAUCCCCCAGGCUCCAAACUGCCACAAUUCAGCCCCCUCUUGGUGAAGACGACGACGACUGGCAGCUGUCUUGGAAGCAAACUCCAGCGAAGAACUAUGAGCUGGUGGAUGUCUAUCUCAAUAUCAUCCAGCCACUGUAUCCCAUUCUGGACCUAUCCGCUCGCUAUCUCGCGCCAGAGCCACCGCCAGAUCUCACCGACACGGAGCUCUUCAACCUCAACAUGGCCUGCUCCAUUGCUUGCCAUGUCAUGCCGAGCACGCAUCGGCGAAGACAUCCGCACCAUCUGUGGAAUGCUACUGGUCGGCUAUCGUACCAUCAGGGCAACUCUCUCAAGUAUCGGAACAUCGCGAUAACGUAUUUUGCGCAAGCUAUGGACCGCCUUGAGGCUUCCACCAUGGAGCCCACAAUAGACACGCUGAGGGCCGUGCUGCUGCUCGCCAUCAACAGCCUGUUCGAUCCCAAAUCGGGAAAUAUCGGCCAGCAAGUAGCUCUGGCAACGAGACUCGCAUUGGCCUUGGAGCGUGCAGAGCUAGGGCCCAAAGACACGGAAAUACUUCGAUACAUGCACUCGACUAUUUUCAGCUUGGAGAACGAGCUUGCAUCCACGCUAGACCGCCCUGCGACGUUCCCUGAGCCUGAAUGGGAACUUUGCUUCGACAAAGCGAGGCCUGCUGACUAUCUCUGUUCGCUCUUCCGUCUCCAGCAUCGUUUCCGCAAGGGCGACCACGCCGCCAAGCAAGCCGUCAAGAAGCUCCUGCCGCUUCUCGACGAAAAGAGUGAGCUGCUCCCGGGCUUACGCACCGCCCUCCAUCAGACCCAUCUGCUUUUGAAUCCGUGCUGGGGCAGCGCGUGGUAUGUUCUUGAAGCUGUCGUCAGCCCCGACAGCGUUCACAUCUUCUUGACGCCGCACUGGGUGUAUCGCGCAGGCACAGUCCUCAUCCAGAACAUGUCAGCCAUCCUUGGCGGCAAUCUCAUUCAAUUAUACUCAAACGCCCUCCUUGUUCUUGAACUCUCUUCCUGGAAAUGGCCCAGCUCAGCGUCCCUCUCAGCCUCUCUCGCCGACCUCAUGCAGCACAUGAAGAUGAAAUACCGGCCCGAAUGGGAGGGCACUUUGACUCAUUACGACGUAAGGAUAUGA